AUGGACGCGGGUCUGUCAACAGCGGUUGGCGUGGCCACACAGGACCUGCCUUCAGGCUGUACAGAGGGCAGCUGUUACCCAGCAACAGGCAACCUCCUCAUUGGCCGAGCCCAAAACCUGACUGCCACCUCCACCUGUGGCCUGCAGGGUCCAGAGCAGUACUGCAUUGUCAGUCAUCUUCAGGAGGCUAAUAAGUGCUUCCUGUGUGAUUCCCGGAGGCCCUACGACCCCAACAGUGCCAGGAAUAGCCAUCGCAUUGAAAACAUUAUCUACCUGAGAGACCGCAAUGGGGACGCCACCUGGUGGCAAGCGGCAAAUGGUGAGGAGAAAGUCAGUAUCCGCCUGGACCUGGAAGCACAGUUCCACUUUACUCACCUCAUCAUGAAGUUUAAGACGUUCCGACCAGCAGCCAUGUUGAUCGAGCGUUCAGCGGAUUUUGGCCAAUCCUGGAAGCCCUACCGUUACUUCUCCCACAACUGCACCAGGACAUUUCCGUCCAUUCCAGCUCGUGCCCUGCAGAGCAGUGAUGACAUCAUCUGUGAGGAACGCUACUCUGAGCUGGAGCCAUCCACACAAGGAGAGGUCAUAUAUAAAGUACUUGACCCAGUCAUUGAUGUCAAAGACCCAUACAGUCUUCAGAUUCAAGACUUGCUCCGGAUCACCAACCUGCGUAUUAAUUUCACCGGGCUGCACACCCUGGGGGACAGCCUGUUGGAUGGGCGUGCGGAAGUGCAGCAGAAGUACUAUUACUCGCUCUAUGAGCUGGUGGUUCGUGGGAGCUGCUUCUGCUAUGGCCACGCCUCCGAAUGCGCACCUGUGGACGCCUUUGCCCUAAGCAGCGAGGCUGGCAUGGUUCAUGGACGCUGCGUAUGCAAGCACAACACGGACGGGCUGAACUGCGAGCGCUGCAGGGACUUCUAUAAUGACCUGCCCUGGAGACCUGCCGAGACACACAUGCCCCAUACCUGCAGGGAAUGCAACUGCAACGGCCACUCCAGGCAGUGUCACUUCGACAUGGCAGUGUACCUUGCCUCACGGAACACCAGCGGUGGGGUCUGUGAUAACUGUCUCCACAACACAGCGGGCCGCAACUGUGAGAUGUGCAAGGCCUUCUACUACCAGCACCCUGCACGUGACAUAAGGCGCCCAGAUGCAUGCGUUCCAUGUGACUGUGAUCCUGCGGGCUCUCUGGAGGGAGGGGCGUGUGACACCCACACUGAUCUAGGCGUGGGAAUAAUCGCAGGGCAGUGCCGCUGCAAGCAGAAUGUGAGGGGCAUACGCUGCGACUCCUGCAGGGACGGAUUCUUCGGCCUCAGCCAGACGGACCCACAGGGUUGCCAGCCCUGUAGAUGUGACCAGCAAGGGACUGUGUCAGGGGGGUUGCUUUGUGACCAGGUCAGUGGAGUCUGCUCCUGCAAGAGACAUGUCACCGGUCUCAACUGUGACCAAUGUAUGCCAGAGUACUGGGGACUGAGUUUCCAAAUGUGGGGCUGCAGGUCAUGUGACUGUGACUUCGGGGGAGCAUACAGUAACAGAUGCAUGACAGACAGCGGGCAGUGUGACUGUCGUCCACACCUCCAUGGCCGGCAGUGUUCAGAGGUGCAGUCAGGGUAUUUCUGCGCUCCGCUGGACUUCUACAGAUACGAAGCAGAGGACGCCAUUGGUCACUCCCCUGCAAGCACCACCCUUCCGGGACAGCCAAGACCCCAGGCUGAGACUAGUUGUAUGGAGCGUCUUGACAACCAAUUGCACAUUACCACAGAUCAGCAGCAGAGGGCAGCACUGAGAUGCAUCAACCAUCUGCAGCAGGCGCCAGAUGUGACACGUGUUGACAGGGAGAUGCAUUCAGGUCACACGGUCAGCUGGACAGGUUCAGGAUUGGUCAGAGUCAGAGAUGGUGCUGGCCUUGUCUUCACCAUUGACAAUGUCCCCUUCCCCAUGGAGUAUGACAUCAUUCUUCGAUAUGAGCCAGAGUCAAUGGAAGAUUGGGAGGCCAUUGUCAGCAUUUCAUCUGUACUGCUGCCCUCCAGCCUACGCUGUGGAAACGUACUGCCCUCAGAACAGAUGUACACAGUCAAUCUGCCCCACAACAGAAGGUACAUGCAGACAUCUCGGCCCUUCUGCUUCGAGCCAAAGAACAGAUACACGGUAGCAAUUCGCUUCCAGCGUCGGGGCGCCACCCAGAGACAAGUCAACGCUUACCUCCUCAGUGACUCGGUGGUACUGGUCCCCAGGUACACAGAACUACCGGGUUUCCAAGGCAACGACUCCACCUCUACUCAGCGCCGUGAGGACAUGCGGCGCUACAUGUGUCUAGAGUCUUUCCUGACUGCGCCCACGGCCCCGCCUGCGCUGACGCAGGUGUGCUCCAGCCUCACCUGCAGCAUUUCCGCCAUGUUGCACGACGGCGCCCUGCCGUGUCUGUGUGACCCCCAGGGCUCCCUCUCUGCGGAAUGUGCCAGGGUCGGCGGUCAGUGCCAGUGUAAGCCCAGCGUGGUGGGCCGCCGCUGUGAUACGUGUGCAGCAGGAGCGUUUGGUUUCGGACCGCGUGGCUGCAUCGCCUGUGAGUGCCACGCCCACGGCUCCCUCAGCCCCCAGUGUCACUCCGUGUCAGGCCAGUGUUCGUGCCGCCCGGGGGUAUCCGGGCGUCAGUGCGAUGCCUGCAAGCCGGGCCACUGGAGCUUCCCCAGCUGCCAGCCAUGCCAGUGUAACGGGCACGCCGACCACUGCCACCCUCAGACAGGUGCCUGCCAGGACUGCAGGGACCACACCACAGGACACCUGUGUGACAGGUGUAUGAAUGGUUUCUAUGGAAACCCUGUACUGGGGUCAGGGGACCACUGCCGCCCAUGUCCCUGCCCGGGGUUCCCAGGAAGUGGUCACUCCAAUGCAGACACCUGCCACCUCGAGCCCACAUCCAACCAGAUUGUGUGCCAUUGCAGACAGGGCUACCAGGGCCCUCGCUGUGAUCGCUGUUCCCCUGGGUAUUUCGGGGAGCCAGAAAGGCAGGGUGGACAGUGCCACCCAUGCCGGUGCAAUAACAAUAUUGAUCUCCAGGAUCCUGGGUCGUGUGACCCUCGAACAGGGCAGUGCCUGAAGUGUCUGUACAACACAGACGGCCCUUUGUGCGGCUCGUGCAGCCUGGGUUACUAUGGCAACGCACUGGCGCAGGACUGCAAGCGCUGUAGUUGUGUGGUGGCAGGGACCCUGCCAUCUCGCUGCAGUGGAGGUCUGUGUCACUGUGACCAGCAGACCGGGGCGUGCCCUUGCCGGGACAAUGUGGGGGGGCACUCCUGCAACGAAUGCGCCCCCCACCACUGGAACUUCGGGAGAGAGCGAGGCUGCGAGGCAUGCGACUGCCAUCCUCAAAACUCUGCUGGACUCCGAUGCAAUAUGUUCAGUGGACAGUGUGAGUGCCGGCCAGGGUUCGGAGGGAGAACGUGCUCUGAGUGUGAGCAUAACUACUGGGGAGACCCUCAGGAGGAUUGCAGAGAGUGCCAGUGUCACCCCUUGGGGUCAGAGUCACUGCAGUGCGACCGGGCAACAGGGGAAUGCCAGUGCCGGGAGGGGGUGGCAGGACAGCACUGUGAUGAGUGCGCCCGCAGUUUCACGGGGAGUUUCCCAAAGUGUGUGCGCUGCCACCCCUGCUUUGACCAAUGGGACGACAGCGUGUGUCAGUUGCAGCAGGACUUGGACCGUGCCCAGCACGCUGUCAUGAGCUUCCAGAGGAGUCUCACACGAGGGGUCACGCGUGGGGCCACCCAUGACCGUGUCAGGGAUCUGGAGAGGAGACUGGCUCUCAUCCCAGACCCCGGCAGAGAACAUGAGAGGCGUCACCAGCUGCUCAGCCAGUCUACUGAUGACCUGAGGGCAGAGACUGUGAUGAUUGACAGGCAGGCCAUGGGUGUUACCGGGGAGUUGGCUCGCACAGUGGAAAGGGAUGGGGCACUGCUGCAGAGCUUGACCCUGGUGCAAAGUGAGCUCCAGGACAUUAACGCUACACUGGUGCGCCUGCAGACCUACCCCCUCAGCACCACGUUUGCAGAUCAGUUUGGUUUGGUCUGGGAGCACCAUCGAGAGUCUCUGGCUGCAGAAUGGAGGAGCAGAGUCUUGGUGUGGGGAUCAGGCAGCGUUAUGGAGCUGUCCCAGGACAUGCGGGAACAAGCUGAGGACCUACUCUCUGACCGGCGGAAUGGGUUCCAGCUCAGCACCGCCACCCAAAGAAGAGAGCUGAUGCAGCUGCAGAUCAAAGUCCACGACCUGGGCGAGGGGGUACAAGACCUGAGCCACAAGGUGUGUGGUGACCAUGGAAACAGGGAUAGGGGUUGUCAUGAUGAUUGGGGGCACAGGUUUUGCGGAGGGGAUGGAUGUGGCAGGAUUGUGAGUGAGACCGCCAGGGCCCAGGCGCAGGUUACAAAUGUCACCAACCGCAUCACGACCACCAGCAAGGAGCUGCAGGGCGUGGCCAAGGAGCUGCAGGACGUUGAGAUGAUGAGUGAAGGUGUGAGGAUGAAGAUCACAGGGACGCUGCAGACAGCAGGGGAAAAGAGAAACUUCUACAGAGCCUCCAAUAAAGAGCUAAGAGACCUGAUAUCCACAAUCCGGAACUUCCUCUCUGACGAAGGGGCAGACCCAGACAGCAUCCACAUGGUGGCCCAGCAGGUCCUGGCAAUCUCCCUGCCUGCAAAUGUCAGCACUUGGGCCCACAUGGAUCAAGAGAUCCAGAGCAGAAUCUCCAACCUCACCCACAUUAGGAGCAUCUUCAACAACACCUCACACCAUCUCCACCAGGCAGAGGAACUGCUGAAUGGGGCCCAGGAUGCAGAGAUGCGUGCGAAUGGAAUGAUGGACACUGCCCGCCACACCAGGCUGGCACUGAACACCACAUUAAAGGUCAUCAGUUCGGCAGAGAAGGCCCUGAAGAGAAACCGCAAGAACCUCAGCAGCAUCAGCAAGGCCACUAGCACGGUGAAGGACACUGUCCUGGACUUGGAGAGCAGAGAGAUGUCUGCCAUGCAUCGCAUCACCAGCUUGUCAAAGGAGACAGAGUUGCUGCGCAACAAAACAGAUCAGAACCAGGAGACGGCACAUAAUGCCCAAGACAGAGCUCACAGAACCACCCAGGCCCUCAGCCACCUGGAUAAGGACCUGGAGGAGGCCCAGGCAAAACGGGCAGAGCUCCAAGAUAGCGUCGGGGCACAGAGGCUGGGGGAUGUGACCGAGAGGGCAAGAGAGAUCCAGCAGCAGGCCAGAGACCUGCUGAAGAGAGCUGCUGAGCACAUGGAGACACUGCAGGAGCUGGAGAGGAAGUUCCGACAGAACGAGAAGAGAAUGCAGGAGCAGAAGGUGGAGCUGGCUGAUCUGGAACGUACCGUUACUGCUGUCAGAGACACCAUACAUGAGAGCGUCGUCCAGUACAGCCACUGUCUGUGA